AUGCUACCGUAUAUGUCACUCUCGGAUUUCUGGGUCCAUCGCUUAAUAUCGACGACAACUCCGUCUCCAGUGCCGUCCUGCUCCAAUAUGCAACUCAUGUGGCAACCCCAGAUCAUGCAGAAUUUUCUGGCAAUGAUCAGCAUCGAUCAGGAACAAAGACAACAAAAACAGCAAAAACAGAUAGAGCAAUUUAAGGAGGUCGCAGCCACCAAUGCUGUUAAUCCCCGGAAAAGGCCACCAUCGGUGGUUAGCGAAACAAAAAAGACAAAACAACGAAAGCUUGGGGACGACUCCGUUAAUGCCUCCCCUGUCAGCGGAAUGUUUAUAAAGGACGAGUCAACCGUACCACCCGCUGAAGAGCUUCAGAAGGAUGCAGACUCCCUGGACGAGACAGCCGCCUAUGUGGAAGUUACAGAGGAGAGCCGAAAGAAAAUUGAAGCGAUUGAGAAUGUGAUCGGCGAUUGCGUCUGUUGUUUAUGCAAGGUGCGAUACGAUGAUGUCUUCAAGUUGGCACAACACCGUUGUCCUAGGAUUGCCCACGAGGAAUAUCGUUGCCCGGAAUGCGAAAAGAUUUUCUCAUGCCCUGCAAAUUUGGCAUCACAUCGUCGCUGGCAUCGCCCGAAAGAACAGGCGGAGGCAUUCCGAUGUAUGGCCUGCUCGUUGGCGUUCAGCACCCGUAAGGAGUUCAAAGCACAUUCUUGUCGCGAACCACUUCGCCCCUCAAUGUCGAUAGCUCCAAUCUCCACCGAAUUGCUCUAG